GGGGAUGGCUCUCUAAAAGUGCUGGUUGUCGGGGACCCUAGUAGCACUGGCUGGCUGCCGCCAUCUUGCUUGAAGAUCUGGAGCAAAAUCUUGCACGGCGCGAAAUUACGUCAUCACGCCGGCCGGCGUGGUGGCUUCAUACAUAACAACACACAGGAUUUUGGCCGAGAUCUUCAAUCAAGAUGGAGGCUGGUGGCCUAUCGCGAGCAAAUGAAGGAGCAGCCUGAGUGUACACAUAGAACCUGCUGUAGAACCCAACAACGAAAAGAACCCAUCUUCACUCAGGGGAAUUGGCGACAAACAUGAACAAUAAGACGUUGGCCACUGAAGUGAUUCUUCUAGGAUUUACCAAUGACGUAAAAACUAAUAUCUGUUUAUUUCCUAUAUUUUUCUUGAUCUACAUGUUCUGUGUAUUUGGAAACUCUCUUAUCAUAUGUCUCAUCAUACUGACUCCUUCCUUACACACUCCAAUGUACUUCUUCCUCGUGAAUUUAUCCUUCGUAGACUUGAGUUAUUCCUCAUCAGGAAUACCGAAGCUGCUUGUAGACCUCUUAUCCACUCGUAAGACAAUAUCUGUCAUUGGUUGCCUCAUACAGUUCAAAGCUGUCUUAUUGAUAGGAGUCACUGAAUGCCAACUUCUUGCCGUCAUGGCUUAUGACCGAUACAUUGCCAUCUGCCGCCCCCUCCACUACCACGUUCUCAUGCGGUGGAGUGUGUGCUGCUAUCUUGCGGCCUUCACUUGGAUAUUCAGUUUCAUAAAUGUAACCAUCCCAUCCUUUGCAAUGCCCAUAACUCUGUGUAAUCCCAACAAGAUCAACCAUUUCAUGUGUGAGGUCCUAUCGGUGUUGAGGUUGUCAUGUUAUGAUACCUCCCUUCAAGAGCUUGUAAUAUUUAGUAUAGGCUUUAUUGUUCUUUUUCUACCUUUCGGGCUAAUUAUUGUGUCAUAUGCUUGUAUUAUAUCAUCUGUUCUGAAGAUUCACUCAGCAGGAAGGUCGAAGGCUUUUUCCACUUGUACUUCACAUAUUACUGUGGUGGCAAUGUUUUUGGGGGCUUUUAUGGUGACUUAUUUAAGACCAGUGACGGAAUCUGUGAACAAGGACAAAUAUUUUUUUAUUUUUUGUGUUAUGAUAUCUCCAACGUUAAAUCCUCUCAUUUAUAGUUUGAACAACAGAGAAGUUAAAAAAAUUCUUGCAAAAUAUAUUUUACAAUUAAAUCAGACUCUCUGUGUAAGUGUAUCGUGCAAGUUACCGGCCAGGAGUUAGAUAAGAGCAUGAAGUGGUAAGGGUCAGACUUGUAUGGAGUUAUCUGCACAGUUGAUUACAUUA